GAGAAGUGUGGUCGUCUUGAUCACCAGCAGUUCAAGAGCUGUCUACGAGCCCUCGGUUAUGACCUUCCGAUGGUUGACGAGGGUCAGCCCGAGCCUGAAUUCCAAAGAAUCUUGGAUAUCGUUGACCCGAACAGAGACGGAUAUGUGACACUGCAAGAAUAUAUGGCGUUCAUGAUCUCGAAAGAAACGGAAAAUAUUCAGUCGAGUGAGGAAAUCGAAAGCGCUUUCCGUGCACUCUCCAAGGAAUUCCGACCGUAUGUCACUGCCGAAGAGCUCUACGCG